ACUGGCAUGGGCAGGGACAAGUAAUUCAUUCUGAUACAUAUAAUCCCAAGCUCCUCUAUCAUAGGGAUAUAUGGAUAUAAGACGUGAUUUCCAUAUGGCCGAAGGGGAAGGAGAAUGGAGCUACUCCAAGAAUUGUAGGCGCCAACAUGUAGCUGUCCGCGAGACCAGGCCAAUGGUCGAGACUGCCGUCAAGCAGGUGUACGCAGCUCUCCUCCCCAGAACCAUGGUCGUCGCCGACCUCGGAUGCUCUGCAGGACCGAACACGCUGCUCUUCAUCUCUAGCGUCCUGAGCAGCAUCGCUGCUGCGGCUGGUGCUGAACGGUGCAAGCCGCCGAGCGGCGGCGGAGACGAUGACGACCAUCACGUGGAGCUUCAGUUCGUCCUGAACGACCUCCCCGGCAACGACUUCAACCACCUGUUUCGGUCAGUCGAGGAGGAGUUCAGAAGGGCAGCAGGUUGUGAAAGGGGUCCUCCUCCUCCUCCCUACUAUGUCAUGGGGCUACCGGAGUCCUAUUACAACAGGCUGUUUCCUCGUCAGACUGUGCAUCUGUUCCACUCCUCCUACUGCCUCCACUGGCGCUCCCAGGAACCUGAGGGACUAGAGGCGUGGAGAAAGCCUUGCCUGAACGAGGACAACAUCUACAUCGCAAGGAGUAGGACCACGACACCUUCUGUGGCGAAACUGUUCCAGGAGCAGUUCCAGAAGGACUUCUCCCUCUUCCUCAAGCUGCGCCACGAAGAGCUCGUGCAUGGAGGGCGAAUGGUGCUUGUAUUUCUCGGCAGGAAGAACGAGGACGCGUACAGUGGCGACCUCAACCAGCUCUUCGCACUGGUCGCAACAGCGUUGCAGUCUCUUGUUUUGAAGGGCCUUGUGGAGAAGGAAAAGCUAGAGUCUUUCAACCUACCGAUCUACGGGCCGUCGGUGGGAGAAGUGGAGGAUCUGGUCACGCAGAGCGGUCUGUUCAGCAUGGAUCUGAUCAAGCAGUUCGAGAUGAACUGGGACCCUCUCGACGACUCGGAGGGUGACGACGUCGUCGAGGACAGCGCUCGCAGCAGCAUGAAUGUCGCCAAGUACAUCAGAUCCGUGCUGAAGUCUUUAAUUGUCCGCCAUUUUGGAGAAGCCAUAAUUGAUGCAUGGUUUGCCGAGUUCAGGCGCCUUGUCGCUGAGCACCUCGAGAAGGAGAAGACCAAGUUCACUACCUUCGCCAUGUGCUUGAAGAAAGAGUGAUAUAGAUGUAUCGAUAUACAUAUACGUAUGUGUAUUGUAUUUCGUACGGUGUAGCUAAUAUACUCAUAUGUGAUAUAUCAUGUGUAUUUCAUGGGACACGUACAAUUGAGUAUAUGUGUGCAUGCAUUAUACGGUACGGUCGUAC